GGACGCUUCUUCAGGAACAACAACACGGAUACUAUUUCAGCCACCUCGGUAGCUUGCUGGACAAGGUAAAACUGAAAGUAUGACGUUUUAGGCCAUGUUAAUGUACAUUAGCUAAUCGCAGUGUAUAAAACAUAUUUCAGUUGACGUUAACUUGAACCUAAUUUGCUUGUUCAAGUUGCAAAUGUGUUAAAGAUUGAUACUGAGCCUAGCACGAGGCUAUUCGCUAAUGCUAACUAGCUAGCUAACAUCCCUGACCAUGAGCUCACUAAACUACUCAUCCCCUGCUAAAGAAGAGGAUGUCUGCUGUCCUGAGAAAGAAGCUCUGCCGCUGGACAUUGUCGUGAAAGACGAAGAGGAGGAGGAUAUUACAGUGAAAGGAGAGAAAGAACCUUUCAGAAUGAAAAAGGAGGAAGAGGAGGCUGUUAUAGGGAAAGAAGAGAAAGCAUCCUCUUCCUCUCUAAAAGGUUCUAUCUCAGUAAAGGUGAAGGAGGAAGACGUUUUGGGAGUGAAAGAGGAGGAGACAGAAUAUCAGAUUAACACCAGAGAGAGACAUGACUAUUGUGGAUCCUCUGGGGAGCUUCAACAACAUCCUGAUGAUGACGAGGCAGAGGAGAGUCUCUCCAGAUCAGAACACCAGAUGGACAACGCUAGCCCUUCCUCCCUCCCGGAGUCCCUGUAUCGUGCCUCUCCCGGUAGCACCUUACUGCUGGGUAUGAAGAGGUUGUCUGUGCUGCUGGUGGACUGCAGGAAAACAACGGGGCUGAGUGGAACUGUGGGAGGAGGAGAAGAGAAGAAAGGAUCAGAUUUGACGCACCAAAGAGAAAGACCAGACUCAGAGGAACCAGAGCCAGGGACGUCCAAACCAGCAAGACGACACCAGUGCUCCCACUGUGGAAAGAGUUGUAACCAGAAAGCACAACUGAAAGCUCAUGAGAGAAUACACACAGGGGAGAAGCCUUACCACUGCUCCCAGUGUGGAAAGUGUUUCGUCCGUUUGGGGGACCUGAAACAACAUGAGAGAAUACACACAGGAGAGAAACCUUACCACUGCUCCCAGUGUGGAAAGUGUUUCAACCAUUCAGGGAAGCUGAAACGGCAUGAGAGAAUACACACAGGAGAGAAGCCUUACCACUGCUCCCAAUGUGGAAAGUGUUUCGCCAGUUCGGGGGUGUUGAAACAACAUGAGAGAAUACACACAGGAGAGAAGCCUUACCACUGCUCCCAAUGUGGAAAGUGUUUCGCCAGUUCGGGGGUGUUGAAACAACAUGAGAGAAUACACACAGGAGAGAAGCCUUACCACUGCUCCCAAUGUGGAAAGUGUUUCGCCCGGUCGGGGAUGCUGAAAGAACAUGAGAGAAUACACACAGGAGAGAAGCCGUACCACUGCUCUCAAUGUGGAAAGUUUUUCGCCCUGAGAGGACCCCUGAAACAACACGAGAAAAUACACACAGGAGAGAAGCCUUACCACUGCUCCCAGUGUGGAAAGUGUUUCAACCAUUCAGGGAAGCUGAAACGGCAUGAGAGAAUACACACAGGAGAGAAACCUUACCACUGCUCCCAAUGUGGAAAGUGUUUCGUCAGUUCGGAGGUGCUGAAACGGCAUGAGAGAAUACACACAGGAGAGAAGCCUUACCACUGCUCCCAAUGUGGAAAGUGUUUCAACCAUUCGGGGAUGCUGAAAGAACAUGAGAGAAUACACACAGGAGAGAAGCCGUACCACUGCUCCCAAUGUGGAAAGUUUUUCACCCUGAGAGGACACCUGAAACAACACGAGAAAAUACACACAGGAGAGAAGCCUUACCACUGCUCCCAAUGUGGAAAGUGUUUCGUCCGUUUGGGGGACCUGAAACUACAUGAGAGAAUACACACAGGAGAGAAGCCUUACCACUGCUCCCAAUGUGGAAAGUGUUUCACCCGGUCGGGGAUGCUGAAACGACAUGAGAGAAUACACACAGGAGAGAAGCCUUACCACUCCUCCCAGGGUGCAAACCAUUUGCCCAUUUAGGAAGCCUGAAAGAACACAAUAGACUGCACACAGAGGAGAAGGCUUGGAAAAGCUCAGACUGUGGGAAAACAUAUUACUCAUAACAGUCAUUUAAACGUCAUUAGAGAAUCCACACAGGAGAGAGAAAUUACUUCUCUUAGCGUGUAUGUUGAUAUUUCAAAUCACAUUGACUUAAAAUUCAUCAGAGAACAUACACAGUGCUCCCGUUGUCUUAUAUUGUUGACUGACAAUGUGUUUACCUGUCUUUACCAUAUGAAAUUAAAUGGUACAGGGUAUACUCAAACAUAUAUUUGUUUGUUUUUAUUAGAAAACAUGAAUUGAAUAUGGAGUCUGUCAGUUUGAAUAUAAAGAAGAUCAGGUUCCUUCUUUUAAACUGUCCUUUUUUAAAACUCUUUGUGUGUUUAUCUGGGUGUGUCAUUCCUCCAGCACUACAGAUAAUCAAGUGAUAUUUGGAUGUGAUGCAUUAGUUCCAUUGUUGACAUUUGCAUUGUAGCCCACUGAUGAUUUAAUGACAUGAAAAUGUUCAGACUCUGUAAUGGAAAAUGUUAAUUGUUUGUGUGUCCACAUAACUGAGUAUGUGACUAACCUUGUGAAACUGUCCUAUUAUAAGCUCCUGUUUUUGGGACUAUCAUCCUGUGUUGCAAACCAAUUUGCACCUGUGUCCUUGUAUGAAUAAAGUCCCGCCCAGGAACAGGAAACUAUAAAGAUAUGUGCUAAUCACUCAAUGCUUCAGGAAUUCAGACUGUCUACACUGCGCUGUGUAACUCUGUUAUUCUCUCUGAGCUCAGAAAUAAAGAAUCUUGGUUUGA